AUGCCCAGUUUACGUAACGCCGUUCAACGAAGAAACCACAAAGAGCGUGGACAGAUAGCCAGUAGAGCCAAAUAUGGACUAUUAGAAAAGAAGAAGGAUUAUCUUUUGCGUGCAAAGGAUUUUCAUGCCAAACAAAAGAGAUUAAAGGCAUUGAAAGAAAAGGCUCUAUUUAGGAAUCCAGAUGAAUUUUAUUUCAAGAUGAUCAAUAGUCAAACAAAAAAUGGUCAACACAUUCAGAAACGAAAUGAAGAGUUGCCUGACGAAAUGAUUCAAUUGAUGAAGUCUCAAGACAAGCAAUAUAUUAAAUAUCAUAGAGAUCUUAGUAAAAGAAAAAUGGAAAAAUUACAAGAUUCACUUCAUUUUAUAGACGAUCCAGAACAACAAGAACAACCAAGACAAAAGAAAUCAAAACAUAUAGUUUUUGUUGAUUCAGAGACAGAAGCUAAACAGUUUUCACCAGCAAAACACCUUGAUACCUUACCUGAACUUGUCAAUCGUAAAUUCAAUCGUCCACGUAUAGAAACAUUAAAAGAGGCAGAGAUUAUUGCACCACUGUCAGGAAAGGAACUGAAAGAGAUCAAAAAGGAAAGAGAACAAAAGUAUAAAGAAUUAGCUUCACGUAUGAAGCGAGAAGAACAGCUGAAGAGAGCAGAACAAGAACUAGAACUCCAGAGAGCAUUAAGACAAAAAGGUAGAAAGAAGAUUGUAGGAAAGGAUAAGCAUGGAUUAGAUGUGUACAAAUGGAAGCAAGAACGUAAAAAAUAA